CGCACGGGCUUGACACUUUCCGCGCAAAACCCACAACACCCCUUACCGCCACCACCAAACACACACAAGCAGUACAGAGGACAACCAACACAACCACAACCACAACACAACCACAGUCAUGGCUGACUCCAACGAGAAGAAGCAGAAGAAGCAGCUCACCCCUGAGGAGAUUCAGGAGAAGUUUGCGGACGUGACCAACUCCACCAUCGAUGACCAGUCGCAGUUCUUCCUCCGCAGCUUUGUCACGGAGUUCAGUGGCAACUUCGAGGAGGUCCUUGACUUGGCUGAGGAGUUCAAGAAGUAUGCCCCCGACACUGGCGUUGUCCGCGAGCUUGAGGAGGACAAGGCCCAUCUUUUCCUUGAGCGCCGUGGCGAGACCCUGACCGUUGUCGAGCUGCGUGAGGCUCUGAAGAAGAUUGACCUCGACAGCAACAACCGCGUGUCGUUCAUUGAGUACUGCCUGUACAAGUACGGCAAGACGCUUGAGGAGCUGUUUGAGGAGAAGGAUCACAAGAUUGAACACCUCCUGCGCAAGCUCGAGGAGGCCAUCAAGCUCUACCAGGAGACGCUUGCGAAGAAGAAGGCGCGCGAGGACAAGAUGAAGGAGCUUGAGCAGCUUGCCGAGCAGGGCGGCGUUAAGGGCAUGCGCGCAAAGGCCGAGCUGGAGGCAAUGAAGAACGAGGACGAGCUCGAACGCAACAAACAGGAGAUCCAGGCUGGUGCGCGGCGGCGUGCGGCGCAGCGGGCGGUGGACAAGGGCGACCCCUUUGCCGAGGAGCAGAAGCGCUUGGCGGAGGAGAAGAAGAAGAAGGAGGCCGAGGAGAAGGCAAAGCGUGAGGAGAGCCGUAAGCGCCUUGCAGAUCGCGCAAAGCUCUGGCAGUGAUUGCGCAGAUGUGCCUCAUUGUGUGUUGUUGUUGUCGUCGUGGUCGUCGUUGUGUGUUGUUGCUGUCGGCGUCGUGCAGUCGUUUGCUGCUCUUGGCAUAUGUACUUGCUUGUGAGGCUGUCUUGUGAGGCUGUCGUGUGCUGACUGCUUUGGGCUGCUGGUCUCUCAGUUGGUGAUGUUAUGUUACGUGCUGUUGGUUGCCCUGGUGAAUCCACCAAAGAUGAGUUUGUUGUGUCCUUGCACACCUGUGCAUGUGUGCGUGUGUGUGUGUGUGUGACUCUUGCUGACCUGUGUUGUGUGAAUGUGAAUACGCUUGCUUCUCCCCUACCUCUGGUUUUGUUUUUCGUGUGAUAAUUGUGAACUGAACUCCUCCCCGCCCCCCUUCUCCCAACCUCGAACUCCCAACCUCGAACGCAAUUGUCCCAAGUACAGCGUGUGGCUGCUUGCCCGCCUGCCUGCGUGGCUUGCUUGCUCUCUUUGCGCUUUUGUUUGCUUGAAAGUCCCAUGAUGUGAAUACAAACAAACCAAAUUGACACACCUUGCAC